UCAAAAUGAUCUACAAAACACUCACAAUAUUGUUAGAAUGGAUAAAAAUGGGCAAUUGUCUUAAAAUAUCAAGAUCAGAAAACGAAUCAUUAUUAAUAGAAGACUCCAAUGAUCACAUAAAUCAAAAUCAUGGAACUGAUGAAAGGAAUUCCAAUCCAAUUAUAUAUUAUCCAUCUCCUAAUAUCACCAGAACUGCGAAUCAACUUACAGAGGAGGAACAAGUUAAAAUUGCAAAGAGAAUAGGGUUGAUCCAGCAUUUGCCCCGUGGCAAAUAUGAUGAUCUGAACAAAAUAGACAAAGAAUGUGUGAUUUGUAUGGUUGAAUUUGUGAAAGAUGAAGAAAUACGUUAUCUACCUUGUAUGCAUAUAUACCAUUCAAAAUGUAUUGAUGACUGGCUAAUGCGAUCAUUUACUUGCCCUUCUUGUAUGGAACCAGUUGAUGCUGCACUUCUAACUAGCUAUGAAUCAUCUAUGUUUAAUUGAGAUUAUCCACUUACACUCACAUUUCUCAAAAAUAUUUAAAACCAAGGACCUUUAAUUGAUCUACUUUGUUAUAUUUAUAUUGAUUAUAUUUAUUUAUUAUAAAUGUUCAGAUUAUAUUAUGAAAUUAUUAUGUAUUUAUAUUUAAAUUAUACCAUAAUUAGUCAUCAAAAACAUAGUUAAUAUGACUAUUAAAAUAUUACUUAUUUAUUAAUAUAUUUUAAAAAAAUUGACAAGAUAAAUUAUAUCACACCGUAUAAACUUUUGCCCACUAAU